AUGGCGGAUUCUAUGAACCCUCCCCUCUCGUACGAGGCAUCAGCCACAACUACUCAUCCGCACGUCGGAACCACCCUCCCAACGGAGGUGAUUUCAUGUCUGAAGAAUUCUCGAUUCCUUCAUCUUGCAACAUGUGAUGGCUUGACCCCGCACAUCUCGCUCAUGUCCUACACCUACCUCCCCUCGACUCCCUAUGACCCGUAUCCGACGAUCAUCAUGACCACCAACCCCUCCUCUCGCAAAACCAACCAUCUGCUCACCAACCCUCGCGUGUCCCUUUUGGUCCAUGACUGGGUUUCGCACCGUCCGCCUACCCGGGCUCCCAAUCCCGAUGGUCGCGAAGGGUCUCCCCCACCUGCAGCGACACGGUCAUCCUUGGCGAGCCUGCUGUUGAACCUGAACACAAGCGCCCUUUCCAGUAUCUCCACAACUAUCGCCGGUACCGCGCGCUUUCUGGAGCCUGGCUCUGAAGAGGAGGCUUGGUGCAAGAGACAACACUUGGAGAACAACACCUUCGAGGAAGAGCUGGGCACUUUCGGGCAGCCGCUGCAACAGCAACCCGGUCAAAGAAGGCCCAGUAUUUCAAUUGACAGCGAUGUCCGCGUCGUAACCGUUCAGGUGCGCGAGGGCCGUAUCGCAGACUGGAAGGGUGGCGUGAGGGAUUGGCAGUUGGUAUCGGAGGGGGAGGGCACGGAAGGAACGAUGGUUAAUGGUAUUGCUCCCGUAAAAAGAUUCAAAAUGCGCCUCGCCCACCUCCACCUCCCGGACAUAACCUCCUUCACACGCGUCGCCAACCUCCAACAAACACUGACAAGCCGGCUCCUCUCCCACAAAAAGCACCUCACCCCGAAUCCCCCCGACCCAACCAUAAUAACCUUCAGCCCGAACCCAGUCUACACGACCGGACGCCGCGACCUCCCUCCCUCCAACACCACCCACAGCAACAGCAAUGGCAAUGGCAACAUACUCUCCCUCCCGCCGAGCCUCGAACCAAUCCGCCAAAUCCUAACGCCCCCGCAACCCAACAAACCCUACGACCCCAAAUCCCGGAUAGCAGAAUACCACCCCACCCUGCGCGGCGGACAAACGACCUACCACGGACCGGGCCAACUAGUCGCGUACACGAUUCUCGAUCUACGGCGAUUGGGACUCACCCCGCGGUGCCAUAUACGGUUGUUGGAGAAUAGUGUGAUUGAUGUGUUGAGGGAGUAUGGGGUGAGGGGGAUGGUUACGGAGGAUCCGGGGGUUUGGGUGCAUGAUUCCCAUGGACAGAAACAGGGGGGAGGGGUUGGUGGGGGAAAGGGCGAGCUGCCGAAGAAAAUCACGGCCGUGGGGGUACAUCUCAGGAGGCAUAUUAGUAGUUAUGGGAUUGGGUUGAAUGUGACGGAGGAGCCGAUGUGGUGGUUUCGACAGAUUGUGGCGUGUGGGUUAGAGGGGAGGGAGACGACGAGUUUGCAGGGGCUGGGGGUGACAGGGGUAACGGUUGAGGAGGUCGCGGGGAUGUUUGUGGGGAAGUUUGUUGGGAGGGUAAAUGGGGAUUUUGCCUGUGGGGAUGGGGCUACCGGGGAGGGGAUCGAGGAGGUGUAUAGGGUGAGUGAGGAGGAUUUGUUGAGGGAGUGAGCAUGGUUAUAGACACUCUUUCGUUGGGGGAGGGUACGAUUGACUAGGUGUUGAAAGAGAGUUCUCGAGUACGCGAGAUACGGCGUAUUCAUUAUCAAUGGUACAUUUGCAUAGUCUAUACCAGAAUGGUCGAUGCGGAGAUCGACCAAAGCGAGUGAUGCAAUACAGAUAAGCAGCCAUGGGUGUUUCGACUGGCGCGCUUUUCUGGAAGGUAGCCACAGAGCAAACAUUAGGUAUACAGGAUUACAACAAGGGGUCCAACAAGUAUAUAUAGAGAAGAGAACAAAGCGAGGCAUGACAGGCUGAAACGCCCAGGAAAUGAUAGCUCGAUGCCAGUGAUGGGGAAAACCAGGGCAUUUCCCUGGUCGGAAAGGUCACAGCAAAUGAUCCAGCUCAAUGGCUGAAGAGCAAGCAGGUAGAAGGGUAUAAGAACAGAGCAAUGCAAUAGUCGACAAGUCAUAAAGGAUGGCCAGCGGCAUGUCUACAGAAUGACACACCGUUCGCCGGAUCCAUUCGAGCCCUGAGU